AAGGGAAUCCACCCCUUUUUUUUUCUGCUUUAGUAUCAGCUUGCCAGGCAAGCCUUUGAUUGCAAGCUUGUCAAUGUCGUCUGCUUGCGAGAUAUCCGCACCAUGAUGCAGCAGGGGCCUUCUUUGGAAUUGCCUCAUUUGGUUUGGUCGCUGCCCACAACGACCCCCCGUUGCCAAAUCUUCCACUGCUCAGAAGCCUUCCUGGAAUCCUGGAAGCUGGCACUGGCAGACAAUGAUAUCCGCACACACCGCAACUGCAAAACCCACGCAGGUCUUGGCAGCCAUGGACCAGCAGCGAUGCCCGUUUGCCAACUUGUCGUCAGGUGCCUGGGCUUUCAUCUCGUCUUCGGCUUCAUCGUCUCCACAAGCGCACGCACAUCAACGACCCCGUUCCAAGUCAUGGGCUCACGCUUGAGACAGUGGCAGGUGGCACCUUUGUCUUUGAUGGUAUCCAUCGCCCGCAUCUGCCAUGGAAACUUGUUGUUGAAGAGUUCAAAGUUCACGGACGCCAGAUACCGUUGGCGGCACUCAGUGUGUGCCAAGCAGCGAUUCAACGAAAAAUCUCGCCCCCCUGCCCCCUUUCACUUCCCACGUCUUGGAAAAGUUGGGGAUUCAGGACCGGCACUCGAAAGGCUUGUCGAGGGGAGCCCUGCUCGCACUGCAGCCGCACCAACCAACCCGCUUGACCUGCUCGUCCCGUCGCUGGUGUGACAAGCCAUGCCGAGCAAUCGGCCACCCGUCUGUCACCUGCAAUUGACAUAGCCUCGUCGCACAAGGUGGCAAGUUGGUGCUUUUUGCUCGAGGCCGGGAAACUCUGUCAUCGCACGG